ACAUUUCGCGCAUGCGCACUAAGGCACAGCAACGACAGCUCCCUAACAACGGACAAAGCUUGACACUGUGGAUUUAAAAUUGCAGACGCUUUAAUUGAAGCGUUUUCUAACACACUCCUUAAAUGGGUCCCGACACACUCUCCAGGUGCAGAGAGUAGGCUGUGUGUGCAGACAUGUCGGCUCGCUCGGCUGCAGAGAUGGAUGACUCGCAAGACCUACCUGAGCUGCCGACAAAGAAGGCAAAGCUUGAGAUCGAUGGUGGACUGGAGAAGGAGCCACGUCAUUUAGGUGAGGAUGGGAGUCCAGGGUCAUCAGAGCAGGAGAACACCUACUCUGCACUGGCCACAGCCCAACUUGAGCCAAGUGAUCAGGAGCAGCAAGAUGGAGAUGAACAGGCAGCAGCUCAAGCAUGCAGCAACUCCAUGAACUCGUAUGCACAUUCAUCCACAGACACGACGGCCACAGCUGAAUACACCCAACAGGUUUAUCAAGGAAGCAACCCCUCAGUGACGUCGUACCCCAACCAGGUGGCCUUCCCUCCUCUGGCCCAGUCCACUGUGUACUCUGCCUUCCCCCAGACGGGUCAGACCUACGGCCUCCCUCCCUUUGGCUCAAGCUUCACAACAUCCAGUGUGUACUCCAGCAUCCCGUCAGCGACAGCAGCCACAACAGCCUCCCCCACAGCGACCCAUCAGGAAUUUAGCAGCUAUAACUCUCUGGGACAGAGUCAGUUCUCUCAGUACUACACUCUGCCUCCCAGCUACGUGCCUGCCGGCCUGCCCAACAGCGAGGACCACGGCACCGGUGUGGGAGCGGCCGGAUAUUCAGCUGAUAAGUCAGAGCAGGCUGCGUCAGCUGGACUGCCUCCCAGAGACGCAUCUCCACCAGAGAACCUUCCGGCAGGUGCGGCUCUUCCUACAGGUGUGUGUCUCCCGGCUGCAGCCCGAGAUCAGGACGAGGUUGGACGCAGGAACUCUGUCGGCAAAGCGAAAGGAAAAGCCAAGAAGCCCGAUAACGCUCCACCUACUGAGACUGACCUGGAGCGUAUUUUCCUGUGGGACCUGGAUGAGACCAUUAUCAUUUUCCACUCCCUGCUCACUGGCUCCUACGCACAGAAGUUUGGCAAGGACCCGACAACAGUGCUGAACUUGGGCCUGCAGAUGGAGGAGCUGAUCUUUGAGCUGGCAGACACUCACCUUUUCUUCAACGACCUGGAGGAGUGUGAUCAAGUCCAUGUGGAGGAUGUCGCCUCCGACGACAAUGGACAGGAUCUGAGUACCUACAACUUCCUGGCCGAUGGCUUUAAUGGUCCCAGUGGUGGAGGGGCUUCAGGAACCACCGCAGGAGUCCAGGGAGGGGUGGAGUGGAUGCGGAAACUGGCCUUUCGAUACCGCCGUCUAAAAGAGCUCUACAACAGCUACAAAGGGAACGUGGGAGGCCUGCUGAGUCCUAUGAAAAGAGAUCUGCUUCUGCGUCUGCGGUCAGAGAUCGAGAACGUUACAGACGCGUGGCUCGGCACAGCGCUCAAGUCUCUGCUGCUCGUCCAGUCCAGGGGGAAGUGUAUGAACGUGUUGGUCACCACCACUCAGCUGGUUCCAGCUCUGGCCAAAGUGCUUCUCUACGGCCUGGGAGACGUCUUCCCCAUCGAGAACAUCUACAGCGCCACCAAAAUAGGAAAGGAGAGUUGCUUUGAGAGGAUCGUCUCGCGCUUUGGGAAAAAGGUGACCUAUGUGGUGAUAGGCGAUGGUCGAGAUGAGGAGUUUGCAGCAAAACAGCACAAUAUGCCUUUCUGGCGGAUCUCCACUCACGGCGACCUCGUGUCUCUGCACCAAGCGCUGGAACUGGACUUCCUGUGAAGGAGGCGGCGAUGAAAGUCGCUCACUAAAAGGGAAUUAGUCAUGCUGUCGGUUUGUGGAGUGACGUUGUGUUAGAAAAAAAAAAAAUCCUCCAGGACUCAAAACGGUACUCACUCGUAUAUAAGAAAUGCCUAUCUGCCUGACGUGUAAAGACUUUACUGUGUGACGGUGAUGUACUGAGGCGGACUUUGGGUCGGAGCUGACUGUGAGAAACGGACUAGAUGCAUCAUUUGGUUGAAUUAAGGUUCCUCCAGCACUCCCUCCUCUACGGCAGCUAACCUCAACGCGGCUGAAACUGGCACUGAAACGGACACAAAAGGGAAGACAUCUUUUUCUUCUUUUUGCCCUCCUCCUUUUAUUUUUCUUCAAGUAUCAAAAGCUGAUUUCACACAUGCACUCCUGAAAAUGUUCUAGAAAGACGUUUAAAAAAAAAAAAAAAAAAAAAAAAGGACCCUGUGGCAUUCCAAGAUGGCAGACGAAGCGGCAGAAUUCAACACUGUAGUGUUACUUCAUUUUUUGCCUUUACAUCGAUUCUUUGUGUGAUUGGACAUAUUCACAAAUCAUCCAAUGAGCGAGAAAAGAACAUCCAGGCGAGCAGACAAGAGUUUGAAGUGACUUCAUUACUUGCUCAAGAUUAUACUGGUCACUCUACGGUUUCACGUUAUAAAUGUCAUCCCGCCCCUCCGCCUGCUCGCUCAUGCUUAAUCUUUCCUGAAUGUUACCUGCUGCGCUCACACGUCAGCUCAUCCUGACUGCAAACGGAAAUGUCUCCUCAGGGUGCUAACAGGGGAAAGGCAACAACAGUUAACGUGAAGAAACUCAUCUGAGAAAGUUUUCAGCAUGUGUGAAAACUACAGAGUUCCUGAAGUCUGAAAAAAUUAAAAAAUUGUGUUUUGUGCACACACAGAAAUGAUCCUGUUUGCACAAGAUUCAUAAAAAAAUAUUUUUUGGGACUUCAGGGACUCCGUAGAAAACAGCUUAACUCUCCUGCAAUGCAACAAUCCCUCUUUAUUUUUUAUUCCUCUUUUCAGGAUUCAAACAACCAAAGGUCAGUUUUUGUUUCUUCUCCUUUUUUAUGGGAGUUUUUUUUUGUUUGUUGCUUUAUAUAGACUCUGUAUAACUGAAAUAAUAAUAUCAAAGCACAUUUGUAAAAACAGAACUCUUUCCGGGUUGUUUUUCUCUCAUUCAAAGUCUUUCAGUAUCAAAUGACUCUUUACGUUUUCCUCUUAUGUAACCAUUCACGUCUUUUAACAAAAGGAACUACUACAUCUGGUAACACACAAAAAAAGAACUUUGUCAUGACCUCCCCUCCUGACCCGACCUCACCACACCAUGAGUCAGCUGCUCUGACCUCUGUUUGUUCCUCUCUAGUCGUGUUUCGGUGUGUGUGUCACCUGUGGUCAGUGGGCGAGCGUGUGCAGCUGAGGAUCAUGCUCCCUCAAACUCCUGACAAACCUGGCCUCUCUGAGUUUCUCAGUGAUCACAGCAGGUUGCUCUGAACAGAACCAAACACAGCUCGGUUUAAGCAAUGACUUCCUGAGCUGUUCAGUUAUUCUGAAGUGCGCAGAUUACCGAGCACGACGUGUAGAGGAUAACGAGAGCCGUGUCCCAAAUCCACACUACUCUCUUCAAAGUAUUAUCAUUAUUCUCAUAGUAGACUGUUAUAACAAAAUUCAACUUAUGUUGCCUCUUUGUUGGCUUUCCACCAUACCAGACUUUUAAACUUCAAUAUAAUAGAUGUCAAAAUCAAAUGAUAUUGGUAGCUGUUUUGAUACCACGGCAAUAAAAAUAGAAGUCCUAAGCACCAAAUAUCGAGUCAUUUUUUGUUUUAAAUCACCAAAAUUGCAAGCAAACUCCUUCACACCGUCUAAAUUGCACAAAUGCAUCGGUACUGAAACAUUGCCAAUGUGUUCAUGCCUUUGAGACGGUGCUUUCUCUCUUCUCUUCGGCCAUUCUCCAUGCCAUCGGUCGUUGAAAUAAUCAUAAUUCACGGGGUAUUAAUAAGUCUAAUAUUUUGAACAGCAUUUGGCUUUGUGCUCACAGAUGAUGAGCAUAUUCAUGCAGCAAUGUGCAGAUGUUUCUGCAAGUUAAAGGUGCCCCCCCCCCGCCCCCUUUUAAUUUGGCUUCAAUGGGAAAUAAUGUCCACAGUUUUUUCUACCACCUGCAGGUUGAAUAACUUUUCAAGCGCAAACAAACAACAGACUUAAAUCCCCUUAAAGUCAGUACGGAGGCUGGAUCGGAGAAGCGUCUCUCACAUAUGAAGGACUUGUGUUUCUUUGUCGAGAGUACGGCUGCCAAUAGGGAUUUUUUUUUAUCUUUGAAUCCAAGGUUUGAAAUUCUCGAUUAAUUGAUCGGUUGCUUCAUCUAAAAAUCAUCAGAAGUGGGUCGAGUGAUGUGUUGGGUAAUUUUUGUUUUCGUGUUCGAGUCCAAAACCCAAAGACUAAGACUGAGAAAUAGGUUUUCCUCACAUUCUGUUUUUUUUUGAUUUAGGAAUGAAUUCUUCAGGAUUUUCAGCGUCAGUCCUUAAAGUCUCAGAAAUUCCACCAGAGUUCACCGACCCCAAAAAGCUUAGAGUGUCCAGCUGUUUUUGAACCUUGUUCAGUGGAGCAGAUAGGUGGCCCUGCCUACGAAUAGCCUGCAUCAUGUUUCUGGUAUAUUCUGUGUUUUAAAGUUUUUUUUAAACCAGACAACAUCACUGUCUGCUCAGAUGUUCCGGGUAGCAGGAUCUAAACUGGCUUUAACUGGAAACCAAAAUAGUGAAGAAAUUCUGUAACUGCAGGAAGCUUUUGGACAGGCAGCUAAACACUGCAGAUACGAGUAUUUCAAAGUGACAGCAGCACCCGGAGCUCUGGUUCACCUGCAGGAUGAGGGUCCUGCAUCAUGUUUUCUGCCUCCAAGGGGCCCUUUGUCUCGUAAUCCGUCCACGCUCACACCUGUCAGCCUCUGACUCAGCUAAAACAUUGUGAGGAGGGUCAAAGCUCGUUUAAAAAAACUAUCAUCUGACUGUUUCCUGCUGAGUUUUUCCGCCCACGGAUCGUGUCUUGUACUCACAAAUAUAAAGCAAACAGUAAAAAGUAAACGGAGCUGUGCCGGUCACACAGCGGCAGUUGUCAACAGACUGUUGUCAUAGAGACAGGACGGACGUGCAGUGCUUUUCUUCUCAGAGCACAAAUGAUUCAUGCAAACACUCCUGAGCGCACAGAAAGCGCUUUUCUGCCCGGAUAAAACACUAGGUGGACCCGGGAUGUUAAAUGUGUUGCGAAGUAAAAUUUCCAUAACCUUUUUAGUUUCAGUGUCAGAGGUCAAAAAGCUCCAGAAACACUUGAUGAAGAUUCACUUUAUUCAUCUUGUAAGACCGACUCGUUUCGGCUCGUGGUCUUCAUCAGGGUGGUCUAAUAAAACUAAUAACGUUGAUCUUCACACUACAUGUCCUGCUGGAUCUUUUUGACCUCUUCAAGCCGUUCACUCUUCAUGCUCCUCGUCAGUUGUUGCCAGAAAAUUCUCCCUUUGUUUUUCCGCUCCAGGUCGUCAUCGGUGAUCUUUAAUUUCCUCAGUCAACUUAAACAUCCGACUGAUUCACACGACGGUUAAGUUCAUCCCUCGGCCGCACGACAACUCACAAUCCUUACAAGUCGUGCAGAGGGGGAGAAAAGCCCCACAGACGAUGACUGUGCAAUACUUUUCUACUUUUCUCAUCACCUGCGUUUCAAGGGUUUUUUAUUUGUUUCCUGACAAAAGCAGGAGGGGGGCGGAGACUGAGGAGUGAACAAUACUGAGCCUGAAGACGAUUUACACACACGCAGCUCGACCGUUAAGAAUGUGUACUUCUGUUUAAUGUGUUUGUGUGACUGUGCAUAUUUAUAUCGUGCCUUUUAACCAUGCGUCUGUACGCGUAAUCUCAAAGGGAAAUAUGUACCGCUGUUAUCGUUUGAUACAUGUAUCACUGCAUUGUUGUACUAUCCAAAGUGUUACCUUACUCUUUUUAUUUUAACUCGACUUCUUUUUGUAACUUUUGUUUGAUUUUCUUGUCUGCACUGUAUUCAAAAAGUCUCUUUAAGACGGUUCAAAGUUCCCUUUGUUCGCAGAUACGGUUCCAAAAUGUACAUAUCUCAUUAUUUGACGGGACGAACUAGGAGUGUUGUACCUGUCACCAUCUCAUCGUCAACAACCAUACCUGCUUUGUUUUAGAUAUUGCGUUUUUUUAAAGUUUUUUUUUAAAAGACUUUCUUUCUCUGCUGUGAACUGCUCAGCGUCGACGCCUAGAGACAAUCACGAGUGACAUUAGGCUACAUGGUAUUUUUAAUGCAGGUCAGAUAUGCUUACUGAAUGUGUCUUUUGUUUGAUUUCUUUACUUUGUCUGCAUGUCAUGUUCAUAUUGAAGUAUAUCAUGGCUGUCAAAGAAAGUGACCAUGCGAUGUUUAAUGGGC